GUGGCGGGCAGACGAACGUAACUGAUUGUGAUCAUGUGUUGGCUGCAAGCACUGCCAGGAAGAAGCCGAUUAUUACACAAACUGGAUCCGCCCAGUGAUCCGCCUGACACCAGUGGUUCCUCCAGCCCUAAGUGGGCGGGGGUGCGCCCAGGUUCGGCCUCGGAGGUGUCCUUGAUGGUGUCCGCACUCACGCAAGCCGGCGUCGCAAGGCCUGAUCAGGCUUUUACCGGAUCACAGCAUCCCGAAAACAUCCCACAAGAUGCAGCAAUUACAUGUCGAAAGCGGCACCGAGAUAGUCCUACUCGGGAGCUGGUAAGCCACGCUGAAACGAGGUCUGAGCAGGCUCCAAGCAUGCUCAGCACAAAACAUAAAGUAGACGCCAGUAUGGGUAUUAAGGAACAGAAAAUAGGCGCAACAGCAUAUGUCAAUGUGACGGAGGCGAGUGCGGUGACAUGGGCUCCAGUACUUUUAGAUGCUACUGGGGAGGAAUCUGAGAGAUUUGGAACUCACAGCACCAGUCCAAGCCUCACUCAAGACACUUUUCCAAGCCAGGAUCAGGUUGGCAGGAUUUCUGAUUUCAGCAGGCCACUGCAUUUGUCCACUCCCACAAAUGAAGAUGCGCCUCGACCAUGGGGUGGCAAUUUGGAACAAUUGGAUCAAGCUGGGAUUGGGGAUGGCAGUCAUCUACAGGGAGCCAGGGAGGAGGGACCAUCAGAGACUCAAGAAUUAUCUGUCCCGCCUACGAAGAAACGAAGGUACCGCGGGGUAAGGCAGCGGCCCUGGGGGAAGUGGGCCGCCGAGAUUCGUGAUCCUCAGAAAGCAGCUAGAGUUUGGCUGGGGACCUUCAACACAGCCGAAGAGGCAGCGAUGGCUUACGACAAAGCCGCCAUUAGAUUCAGAGGGUUAAGAGCGAAGCUCAAUUUUCCCGACGGAAUCAUACCUCCCACCGCUUCUGCAGUGGGUUCCACCACUGCUUCGCAACCAGACUCUUCCUCUAUCUCAAUUUCUGCAACCACUCCUUCCACCUGCACUUCGUCCUCCUCGCAAUUCUCCGGUCAUAGUACCCAACCAGCCCCUGUGAGCAGGAGUUUUCGUAGCAUAUCCUCAGUAGCUGGAGCAUCAGUACCUUUUCAUUCCUCACCAUUAGCUUCUAUUCCAUCUCAUCAGAUGUCUAGUGUCACUGCAGCUCCAGAAGCUUAUGAACCUUAUCCUAGAUCUACUGGUUUACUACAACCUGGUGGUGGUAGUAGUGGCAGCAACCAAUCUGGUCCACAUCAGGGUUUGAGGCCCUCCCAGCAACCCCUAAUUUAUCCUCAGUGGUCACGCCCAAAAUCUAGGAGUGAUCAAAGCCUUGAUCCCGUACAGCCACAGAACUCACAAACCUCAAGGCAAUAUCCGGAACUUACAAGCCCCACCCUGAACUUGGAACACGAGGAUUUAUAUGCUGAUGAACUUCAUGACCCAAUUUUACAUUACGAUCAGUACAGGUUGGGUACCCCGUUCUCUGUAGAUUAUAGGAGAUCAAACGUGGUAUUUGAUCCGGGAGGGCAAGGCUUCCCACCAAGUCAGCCUCAAGCUUUGCCAGUCGUAAACUAUAACCUAAGCGUUAGCUCGGCUAAUCCUAGCCCUUACGUAGAAUUGUCUUAUGAUCAGAUUUUUGACCAACCUGGGGAGUUGCAAUCAACUUUUCCAGAGAUCGCUUCUCCAAGUGGACAACUACCAUUUGACUCUUUCGAAGAUGACCCAUAUCUGGGCCAGAAUUAGGUUUUCUACAGAAAAUAAAUCAGGUUUAGAAGCUUGCCAAAUUGUGGAUGUAUAAACUACGGUUCCCUUCAUUCUUUUCAAUGGUUAGCAACACCUGGAAGCCCUAAUAGUUGACUGAAGAUCUCGUCUCUUGGAUUGAGUUGCAACUAGCUCAUUCUGAUGGGUAACUGAGAAAAGAAGAGUUCAAACUUGUUUCAAGGACAACUUGAAAUCGAGAUUUGAAGGUUCAGCACUAGUAUGCAGGGCUUGUAGAUAUAUGUACAUGGAGACUUAAGCGGGCGAUCAUUUAAAAAAGGAAGAAAUGCAAGAUUGUGACAUUUGGACAACCAGCUUUCUGUCUUGUAAAGUUCAAAAUCACCAAGUUUAGA